AUGGCGAGUACUACUCCUCGUAAAGGGAUAAAGACUAACCCUUCCCUUCUGCAGAAUUCCUCCAACAAUGAUGUUGACCCACGCGACCAUCGGAACAAGUCUCAAGAGAAAGACCAGAUUGUUGGGCUGAACAACAAAUUCGUUAAUUUCAUCGAGAAGGUCCGUCGUCUGGAGCAGGAGAACAAAAUUCUGGAGACCCGUCUCAAGAUUCUUCUGGAGCAGGAGUCCUAUAAGGGCAACAUCAAAGAGGUUGUGGAUGAACUGAGCAGCAACUUGCAGCGGCAGAUCGAUGGACUGUCCCUGGACCGGCAGAAGUUGCUGUCGGAACUGGACAGGACUCAGAAUGAUAUGGACCACCACAAGAUGAGAUAUCAAGAAGAAAUGCAAGCAAAGACUGAGGCAGAAAAUGAUUUUGUGAUCACCAAGAAGGAAGUGGACGACACAUAUCUGCAAAAGGUGAGCCAGGAGUUGGAGCUGGAGGAUCUGAUGAGUGAACUGGACUUCCUGAAGCGUGGCUAUGACGAGGAAAUCAAGGAGUUGCAGUCCCAGGUGCAGAACGACACAGUGAUCCUGGAGGUGGACAACGCGCGGGCCCUGGAUAUGAAAGAGAUCGUGGACGAGGUCAAGGCCCAGUAUGACACGAUGGCAGCCCGUGGUCGAGAGGAGGCUGAACUGUGGCACAAAAAGAGGAUUAAUGACAUCUCCCAGGAAGCGGGGAAACAUGAGCAGGAUCUGCGAGAUGUGAGGAAGGAGAUCGCUGAGUUACAGCGCCAGAUCCAGAGACUCAAUUCUGAGAUCGAAGCCCUGAAGAAACAGAAAGUGAACCUGGAGAAAGCGAUAAACGAUGCGGAGCAGCAGGGAGACCAAGCGCGGGAGGAGGCCUUAAACCACAUCCACCUGCUGGAGCAGGCGCUGAGGAAGGCCAAGCACGACAUGGCGCGCCAGGUGCGCGAGUACCAGGACCUCAUGAACCUCAAGCUGGCCUUGGACAUUGAGAUCGCCACCUACAAGAAGCUUCUGGAAGGGGAGGAGAUGAGGUAA